UCUGCAGAUCUUCAGUCUCGUUACAUAGAACUUCUUACGCGAUCCGGUGACUAUUACAAGUAUCUAAGUGAGAUGCUGAAGAACAUGGAAGAAGUGAAGAUAAAAAACACAAAAAUAGAACUUUUGGAAGAGGCACUUAAACAUGCCCAAGAUGAGAAUGCUGAUAGUGUUCAGCAGAAGAGGUUUCUUGAUCAACAUUUGAACCAAGUUCAAACUGAGUAUGCAGACUUCAGGAAAAGAAUUAUAGUCCUAGAGGAGCAGAAGAGAAAUGCUGAAUUGGAUCGUGAUACCAUGAAGCAGAGGGAGGACGCACACCUUCUCCAAAUAAAAGAAAUCAAUGAGAAGAUUACAAAAUUGACAUUUGAAAUUGAUGAGGAAAGAAGGAAGAGAAAAGCAGCUGAAAAUUUGUAUGAUCAGCAAAAGAAUGAACAUGACAGUGCUUUCCGAAUUAAACAAAAGGAACUGGAUGAAAUAGUGUUGAUAAAAUUGGAGAUUGAGAAAUCAAUCAAAGACAAAGAGAGAGAGUUAGAAAGACUUAAGAAUGCAUUUCAGGAAGAGUCUUUAAAAAGGAGGCAGUUUGAAGGUGAACUAGAUGAGCUUAGAGUCAAGUAUGAGCAGGAAAACAGGAUGUUGAAAUCACACAUUGAAAGAGAGGUUCAUGAAAGAGAAAAAACAGUUGAAAGGUUAACUAUAAAAAAGGAAGAUGAUAUUGCAACUUUGAAAAUUCAAUUGGAGAAAGCUUUGAACGAGAAACGGAAUCUCAUGGAAGAAAUGGAACGAUUAAGAAGCUCUAUCAAAGAAACUGAAUUCAGUAGAAAAAAGGCAGAAAGUGAUUCUUUGCAGCAGAAGUCAGCUUGUAUUGAGGAAUCUAGGAGGAGACAGAAACUUGAAAUAGAAAUUCAAACACUCACAAAACUUAAAACUGAUGAAACACUGAGGCUUAAAUCACUUCAGGAGGAUACCUCCAAGGCUAUCCAAGACAAAGGAAAAGAAAUUGAAAAGUUAAGAAUUUUACUAGAGGAAGAAGUCAAUAAACGAAAACGAUUAGAAAAUGAAAAUGAUAAAUUAAAACAACAGCAAAUUGAUUUUCAGAAGAAGGACACAGAAAAACUUACCAAGCUUAAAACUACAGAACAAGAGAUUAGAGUUGUAAAGGUCGAACAUGAGAAAGUGUCCAGAGAAAGAUCUAAGUUGGAACAAGAAGUUGAACGGCUGCAGAACAAUAUCAGAGAAGCAAACAAUGCCAAAUAUAAAACUGAUGAGGAACUAAUGCAACUAAGGAGGAAUAUAUUUGAAGAAUCUUCAAAGCGAAAGAGGGCUGAAGAAGAGGUUGAGCACCUUGAAAAAAAAUGCAAGGAUCAUACACUCUCAAUUACUCAGCUCACACAACAAAUUGAGCAUAUCUCAGUCAUGAAGAAAAAAGUUGAAAAUGAGCUGUCCGAACAGCAGAAAGCUUUUGACCAACAGCUGAAAGAGAAGAAUAUUAGCACAGGAGAAUUAAGUAGACUGUAUGCUGAUGUAGAAACAUUGCGUCGCCAGUUGAGUCAAGAACAGGAAAAUACAAGACAGGCUUGUCAGAGAUAUGAACAUUUCCAAAAAACUAUUGAAGAAAAAACCAAGGCUUUGAAUGAGAGUCUAAGUGAAAUAGACAGACUGCGUUCAGUCAUAGAAAAUCUCACAAAAGAACGACUGAAGCUGGAAGAGGAAUUAAGAAAUUUGAAGUCAAAUUUUGAUGAUUUUAAGAGAGUCCAAGAUGAUGCAGAAGGUGAUAAGUCAAGAACCAUCUCUGAAUUGCGGCUGCAACUUGAACUAACAAACAAAAGAACCACUGAUCUUCAAGGGCUAAUUAAUGAGUUAAAGAAUGAAAGGGAAAAAUUGAGACUGGAAGUUGAAACAUUCCAAAAGCAGGCUCUAGAGGUACAUGCAAGUUUUACUAUUUUAUCAUGUGAAGUAUUUUGUAUUAGUCUUAUUAACAAUUACUGUGUUCUUUUUAAAGAAAAAGUCAAAGCUAAUAUAAUUCAGUACUUUACAGUAUUUCAGAUAUUCUAAGCGGGUACCCUUAGUUGUGGAAAUAAAUUGAAGCCGAAUUUCUGAAGUUCCCUAAUCUAACACAAGUGACAGAAUGAUAAAAUGGCUGUAUUUAUAAUUCCUCUGAGGUUUCCAUUAAAAUAACUGGAGAU